AUGAGCGCGACGACGAAGCAGAUGGUCAAGCCGACCAGCAUUGUGCACCGGUACAUGACGGAGGGACAACGCGUCUGCGUGUGGCUUGUGCACGAUACAAAAAUGAAGAUUGAGGGCGUUAUUUUGGGCUACGAUGAGUUUAUGAACGUGGUGCUUGGUGAUGCCUCGGAGGUGCACCAUAAGACAAAGGAGGUGGUGCACGUGGGGAAAAUUCUUCUUCGCAGCGAUAACAUUGGCGUUAUUCAUCCCAUAGGCGUAUAG